GUCGCGAGAACCGGUACGAACCGUUUCCUUGACCCAAUGUUACGCGGCGUCGAAGAAAGUGAGUUUUCGUAGCCAAUGAAUGGUCAGUUGGCUGAAAGUGGCGAGCAGGAGGAAAGUGCAGUGCACCGUCGUCAGUCGUGUACGCGAGCAGGAAAAAUGGGCAAGGUCCUGCGUUAUGUUCCUGCCACCAAAUCGGGACUGGUUGUUUUUUUUAGUGUCUUGUGUUUAACUGUUAGUAUUGUUAAUAGCCAAAACAACGAAAACGCUUCAAGAAAACCCAAAGAAGAAAAAAAAGAUGUGGAGUUCCAGUGUCCGCACGAAACAGGCAACGGAAACUUCGCCGACCCAAACACAUGCAGAAGAUUUUAUCAGUGUGUGGACGGUUAUCCAUAUUUAAAUAGAUGUCCAUCCGGCUUGUUCUUUGACGACAUCAGCAAGUUUUGCACCUUCAAAAACGAAGCAAGAUGCGGCCCGAUAGCCACAACCCCAGCUCCAGUGACCGAACCACCGAAAGACCUGGCGGUGAAAUGCAACCCCGCCGAGUGCGAACUGCCUUACUGUUUUUGUUCCAAGGACGGCACAUUGAUUCCAGGGAGCCUGGACCCGGAAGAGACUCCACAAAUGGUGCUGAUGACGUUUGACGGGGCAGUAAACUUGAACAACUACGAGCAUUACAGAAAAGUGUUCAAUAAAAAACGCCAGAAUCCCAACGGCUGCGACAUAAAAGGAACGUUCUUCAUCUCGCACGAGUACAGCAACUACCAGAUGAUCCAACAGUUGGCGAGCGAAGGACAUGAAAUCGCCACCGAAACAAUCUCUUUACAAAUGGGUCUUCAAGACAAAGGAUACGAGGAGUGGGUGGGCGAAAUGGUGGGAAUGCGCGAGAUCCUCAAACAUUUCGCCAACAUAUCCAAGAGCGAGGUGGUGGGUAUGCGUGCCCCCUUCUUGAAACCGGGUCGCAACACCCAGUACAAGGUUCUGGAGGAAUUCGGCUACAUUUACGACAGUUCAAUCGGCGUUCCUGCCCUUCCAAUUCCUCUUUGGCCCUACACUUUGGAUUACAAGAUUCCGCAUGAGUGCAAGGCUGGUACCUGCCCCACUAAAUCAUUCCCAGGUGUGUGGGAGAUUCCGUUAAAUGCCCACUACGUUGAGGGUUACGAGGGUGGUCACUGUCCGUAUUUGGAUCAGUGCGUGUUGCACAAUCACGACGCCGAAGAGGUGUUCGAAUGGUUGCAGGAAGAUUUCAGCCGGUACUACGACCAAAAUCGUGCCCCUUACAUGAUGCCCUUCCACACUAACUGGUUUUCGAUCAAGGAGCUGGAACAAGGCCUGCACAAGUUCCUGGAUUGGCUCACCACUCUUCCCGACGUGUGGUUUGUAACCAACACUCAAGCUUUAACCUGGAUAACCGACCCGAAGACGAUAAAGGAGCUAAACAAUUAUGAAGCUUGGGGAUGCAAGAAGAAGGACAACUUGCCACAACCGUGCGCACAGGGCAACAAGUGUGCCCUUAACUUCAAAACCCCCGACAUGAAUUUCACCGACACCAGAUACUUGGAGACUUGCGUGGACUGUCCCAAUCAGUAUCCGUGGUUGGGCGAUGCUUCUGGUUCCGGUAUUCCGGGCAAGGACAAUUACGUGCCCGACAACGUUUAGGUAUGAUCGGGAUUUUAGUCAAUUAUGUUGACUGGUAAUUUAAGAUCAUUGUUUGUUUUAAACAAUGUAAUACGCUGGUAUAAUUUAUAAGCCAAAUUUAUGUGUGUAUCUUACAGUUAGAUUAUAGGAUUUUUAUGACGAAUAAAUUAUUGUUACAUUGUU